AAUACACCUGUCUGGCAUCUGCUCCUGUUCGUUUGACUGUCGCGAGUUUGUUUUAUCUGGUUGAUGUGUCACCACGGAAAGUCUCUCACAACUUCUCCGACGGGACCGAAUGGAUGGGACGGCGUCGUCUGUCCCAGCAGCCCGGUCGGCUUCAUGCGGAAACACGACGUCGCGCGGCUUAGCUUCGAACACGGGCAAACGUCGUGGCAGGUGCGGACCGGGCCGAAUCGUUCAGGCGCAUGUCUGUGACGGAAGAACACGACGAGUGACCGCGAGGCGCUGUCCACAGCACUGGCACCUGGACGAGACGUGCACAGACCUGCACCACCUAGUACCCAUGACUCUCAUGCCUUGGUAAAAGGCGACAGCGACCGUGAGAAGUAGGCAGGGAGUGUGAGGUAGAAGAGGGGAGAUGGCAGAAGUGCAAGAGUCCUAACGACCAGCAGUCAAAACUGGUUAAAUCCAUCUUCCGGCCCCAAGAUGUGCUGACGGGUUGAGAAGCAAACAGCUUGGAGGGUUUAUUAAGUGGGUCAGUUGCCAUAGCAACGCUUUGGCAAGCUAUUGCCAGGAUAAGCCAUAAUGGGUCUCCUGACGCAAUUCACUCUGCUCCUGUGGAAGAACUUCACUCUGCGGAAGAGACAAAAGGUGCGACUGGUCGUUGAGGUGAUAUGGCCUCUGUUUCUCUUCUUCAUACUGGUGUGGGUGCGCUCCUCCAAUAAGCCAGUUCACAAAGGCCAAUGUCACUACCCAAAUAAAGCCAUGCCGUCAGCUGGCGUGCUGCCUUGGCUCCAAGGUAUGAUCUGUAACAUCGACAAUCCCUGUUUGAGCCACCCAACGCCUGGGGAAACACCAGGGCAGGUCAACAACUUCAACAACUCCAUAAUUGCUGGAAUGUUGAUAGAGCUGCAAACCCUCCUGGUGAACAGAUCUAUUCUCAGGAAGACAAAGUUGUUGGCAGAUGACAUCGACCAGUGGGCGUCAGUCCUUUCGCAGUCUAACCCCGGUAAUGCUCAACCAGUGACCCUAAGGAGUAUCCUACGAGACAACGAAACCUUCUCCACACACCUUAAAGAGAAUUUGUCGGUGCCACCAACAGUUGUUCAAAGCCUCCUAAAUGCUACUGUCAAUCCAACCAUGGGCAUUCCACAACCAGGAACUCUCAGGGCGAUUCUGUGUGAGGGGACGGAUCUGGAUGACUAUGUCCAAUUUAACAGCCAAGCUGAGAAGAAGGCUUUCCAAAAUGUCAGCUGCUCCCUCACUCAACAGCAGCUGAUUAACACCCAGCAAGUACUCCUGCAAAACCUGGAUGUGAGGAAAGUGCUUUCUAAGCUGCCUUUGGAUCUGAAUGCAGCAGAAACCUUGACAUUGAUGAGGGAUACAUCUCGCAAUGCUGUACCAGUGAUCGAGGAGAUGGCCAGACUGCAGAACUCCAUAAUCUUUAAGGCUGCUACUACAUUGGAUUUCCAAGAGGACAUGAUUGGCAGUAUCAAUAUGCUACUGUGUGGAAAGCAGCCUGACUUCAAUUCCACCAAUAUGACCCUCAGUUUACAAUCACCCAGACAAAUGGCUAACAACCGGUCAAUCUCCACUACGGGCAACAGUUCUGAUGCUUUUUGUCAGACCCUUGUGGAAACCCUGGAGAGCACACCUGUUCUGCGCAACAUUUGGAGCACUGUCAAGCCGUUAUUGCAAGGCAAAGUCCUCUACACACCUGAUACUCCUGCUGCUCGCCUCAUGGUGAACAAAGCAAAUAGCACAUUCAACGCCUUGGCCAAGAUUAAAGAGAUCACUGAUUUGUGGGAUGAACUUGGGCCCCGUGUCUGGGAUUUUCUUCAAAAUAGCUCUCAAGUGAACACAAUACGGGCUUUACUGGCGAACCCAGUGUUUGCUGCUCUUCUCGACCAGCGUCUCAAUGGCACAGGAUGGACGGCCCAGCAGCUGGCCAACUUCCUGUACAAUGGGCCUCCCGAGGAUCGUCCACCUGGCACGCCGCCAUAUGACUGGCGGGAUGUUUACAACGCCACCACUCAAAUCCUGAAGCUACUCUCCACCUUCCUUGGCUGCUUAGACCUGAAUAAGUUUGUGGCGGUUCCCGAUGAAACCCAGCUGGUGAGCGAAGCACUGGAGCUCCUGAAGAACGAUACGUACUGGGCCAGUGUUGUCUUCGAAAACCUGCAGCCAGACUCCAGCCAGCCCCCUCCGUAUCUCAAAUACAAAAUCCGCAUGGACGUUGAUGAAGUAGAGCGUACCAACAAAUUAAAAGAAAGGUUAUGGUCUCCCGGGGCCCGAGACAAAUCCUUUAACGACCUGCGCUAUAUAUGGGGAGGCUUCGCCUACCUGCAGGAUAUGAUGGACCAUGGCAUUAUAGAGGUGCAAACGUCAAAGACCCAACCCCUCGGUGUCUUUGCCCAGCAGAUGCCAUACCCUUGUUUCGUGGAUGACGUGUUCAUUCGGACUCUGGCUCGCUCCCUCCCCUUAUACAUGACGUUAGCCUGGAUCUACUCUGUGGCCAUGAUCAUAAAGAGCAUUGUUGUCGAGAAAGAGGCGAGGCUAAAGGAGACCGUGAGGAUCAUGGGCCUGAGAAGUUCCAUCUAUUGGCUGAGCUGGGCAGUGUCAAGUGCACUACUGCUGGCUUUCAGCGCUUUGUUCCUUGCACUUAUACUAAAGUAUGGGCAAGUGCUGCAGUACAGCGACCCCUCGGUGAUCUUUGUCUUCCUGCUGGUGUUCUGUUUGACCACCAUCACUCAGUGCUUCUUCAUUAGCGUCUUCUUCUCGAAGGCCAACUUAGCAGCGGCGUGCGGUGGCCUCAUCUACUUUGUCCUCUAUCUGCCGCACAUCCUCUGCUAUGCCUGGAGGGACGUCAUGGGUUUCGGGGCCAAGGUUGCUGUGAGUUUACUGUCAUGUGUGGCCUUCGGCUUUGGCUGUGAGAGCUUUUCUAAGUACGAGGAGCAAGGUAUCGGUAUUCAGUGGUACAACAUCAACAACAGUCCAGAGGAGGGGGAACGCUACACCUUCUUGCUGUCUAUCAUAAUGAUGCUGUUUGAUGCUGCUUUAUACUGGACGCUCACCUGGUACAUUGAGAAUGUCUUUCCAGGCCAGUAUGGAAUCCCUAAGCCAUGGUAUUUCCCUUUCGCUGCAUCCUAUUGGUGUGGGAGAGCUUCAGUGACCGAUGUCGACCCUGGUUUUCUGAAGGACACCAGUGUACAUAAUGAAUACAUGGAGAAACCACCACCCAAUAUGAAGGCAGGGAUCUCAAUCCGCAAUCUUGUCAAAAUCUACAAGACUGGAAAGAAGCUUGCUGUGGACGGACUAACUAUGGACUUCUAUGAAAACCAGAUCACAUCUUUUCUUGGCCACAACGGAGCUGGGAAAACAACCACAAUGUCAAUUCUGACCGGACUUUUCCCGCCUACAUCAGGCACAGCCCUCAUCAAUGGAUAUGACAUCCACACUGACAUGGACAGCAUUAGGAAGUAUUUGGGAAUGUGCCCGCAGCACAAUGUCUUAUUCAAUGAGCUGACGGUGGAGGAGCACAUCUACUUCUACGCUCGGCUGAAAGGACACAACUACGAGGAGGUGAAAAUUGAGAUGGACCAGCUGAUUAGGGAUGUUGGUUUACCACAUAAAAGGAAGGAUCUUGCCAAGAACCUGUCAGGUGGCAUGCAGAGGAAGCUGUCCGUGGCUAUAGCAUUUGUUGGCGGCUCAAAAAUCGUCAUCUUAGAUGAACCUACAGCCGGAGUGGACCCCUAUGCCCGCAGGGGUAUCUGGGAACUGCUGCUAAAGUACAAACAAGGUCGCACAAUCAUUUUGUCUACACACCACAUGGACGAGGCGGACAUUUUAGGCGAUCGCAUUGCCAUCAUCUCCCACGGCAAGAUGCGUUGCUGUGGCUCCUCACUCUUUCUUAAGAAACGUUUUGGCAGUGGCUACUACCUCACCCUGGUUCGAGAUGGGACUGAAAAGAUGGCAGCUCAGCGUAAUGGCAUUAUACACAGUCAGGCCAUAGAGGAGAAAGACCAUCCUUUGAGCAGCAGCCCAGAUGACGGCAUCAGCAGCCAAAACUGGAGCAACUCAGAUCCCUCAGAUUUGACAGCUGUGGGUCAACUUGUGCGGCGGAAUGUCCCUGAGGCAGUCUUCUUGGAGAGCAUUGGUCAAGAGAUCACCUACAUCCUGCCCUAUAGUGGAGCCCGAGAUGGGACCUUUGCUCUGCUGUUCCAAGAGCUUGACCUGGCCAUGGCUGACCUCGGCCUGACCAGCUACGGCAUCUCUGACACCACACUGGAAGAGAUAUUUCUUAAAGUGGCAGAAGACACUGGAGUGGACACAGAAAUCCAAACAACAGAGGAGCUGUUUGUGAAAGACUGCAAAAAAAGCUCCCGCAAAUCCAAGCGGAACAGCAUCGCCAGCAUCCGCGCUCCUCCAGAACAAGUCUCUGGAAUGACUGAAUUAAAAGGAAGAUUUACAAGUAAAGUUAAAGACUUAAAGAGGAACACCACCGACAGUGGGAAGGGAUCCACGGUCAUCACUGGGUGGGGGCUGAUCAGGAGACAGUUCCUAGCGCUCUUUAUCAAGCGCUUCCACCACGCCCGCAGGAGCCGCAAGGGACUCAUUGCCCAGGUGGUCUUGCCCGCUGCUUUUGUGUGCCUGUCUCUGUUCUUCUCACUCAUCGUCCCACCUUUCUCUGAAUAUCCAAGUCUGGAGCUGCAGCCCUGGAUGUACGGUCUGCCUCAAACCACAUUUUACAGCAAUGACGGGCCAAAUAAUGUGGAGGUGUCCCAGGUGGUGGAGACCUUGGUGAACAACCCUGGCUUUGGGACUCGCUGCAUGAUUGAAAACCCGAUACCGAAGUUGCCGUGUUCUCCUACUGGUUCUGACUGGUUCACUCCACCCGUGGAUCAGUCAGUCACGGACAUCUUCCUCAACGGGAACUGGAGCAUGUCUAACCCCUCCCCCUCCUGUCAGUGCAGCACGCCCAAACGGACCAUCAUGUUACCGGACUGUCCACCUGGUGCGGGAGGGCUCCGUCCACCACAGAGGAUCCAGAGCACAACAGAUACAUUGCUGGAUUUGACUGGACGCAACAUGACUGACUUCUUAGUCAAGACUUUUGAACACUCGGGUAAAACAAGGUUUGGGGGUAUUUCCGUCGGAGGGGUCAACUCACAAGUCCGUCUGACUGAGGAAGAAAUCGAGGUUGCAUUAAGGGAUCUAAAAGACAUAUUCAGUUCAUUUCAGGAUAAUGUCACAGAUCAGCUCUUGCAGAAGUCUGAGACGCUGCUGAAGAAGCUGGGAACCAGGGACAAUGUUAAGGUGUGGUUCUACAACCAGGCAUGGCACGGCAUGGUGUCUUUCCUCGGUGUGGCCAACAAUGCCAUCCUGAGGGGAAAUCUACCUGCGGGAAAGAGUCCCAGUCAGUACGGCAUCUCCGUGUCCAAUCACCCCCUCAACCUCACCAAGGAGCAACUCUCCUUCGUGGCCUUGGCCACAAGCUCUACGGACGUGGUGGUGUCCAUCUGUGUUAUCUUUGCCAUGUCCUUCAUCCCUGCCAGCUUUGUCCUCUUCCUCAUCCAAGAGCGGGUGAACAAAGCCAAGCAUCUGCAAUUUGUCAGCGGAGUAAACCCGGUUGUGUACUGGCUGGCCAAUUUUGCCUGGGACAUGUGUAACUACAUCAUACCAUGCUUGAUCGUGAUCGCAAUCUUCCUCGCCUUCCAACAAAAAGCUUAUGUGUCACCUUCUAACCUGCCUGCCCUGAUUCUGCUGCUCAUUUUCUAUGGGUGGUCCAUCACCCCCAUGAUGUACCCCGCCUCCUUCAUCUUCAGUGUUCCCAGCACAGCAUACGUGGUGUUGACCUGCAUCAACCUCUUCAUCGGUAUCAACGGCAGCAUUGCCACUUUUUUUAUGGAGCUCUAUAAUGAUGAUAAAGUCGCUCGAAUAAACGACAUAGUGAAGCAGGUGCUGCUUAUAUUCCCACAUGUCUGUCUGGGCAGAGGGCUAAUUGACAUGGCCAAGAAUCAGGCAAUGGCCACCAUCUUCAGCAGUUUUGGGGAAGACCGUUUCGUGGAUCCACUCAGCUGGGAAAUGGUGGGAAAGAAUCUUUGCGCCAUGUCCAUCCAGGGAGCUGUCAUGUUUGUCAUCACAAUCCUCAUCCAGUAUAAGUUCUUCUGCAAACCAAGGCUUAUUUCGGGGAAGUCAUCUGCAGAGGAAGAGGAUGUCGAUGUUGCUCGGGAACGGGAACGAGUGUAUGAAGGCAAAGCCCUGAAUGACCUUCUGAGAAUCUGUGACCUCACUAAGGUAUACCCUCGGAAGAGCGCCCCUGCUGUGGACAGGCUAUGUGUGGGUGUACCUGCUGCAGAGUGUUUCGGCUUGCUGGGAAUCAAUGGGGCUGGGAAAACUACCACAUUCAAGAUGCUGACAGGAGAUAUCCCGGUCUCUGGUGGAGAGGCCUUCCUAAACGGAUACAGCAUACGAACAGAAAUGAGGGAUGUGCACCAGAACUUGGGCUAUUGUCCCCAGUUUGACGCUAUCAAUGACCUGCUAACUGGACGAGAACAUCUGGAGUUUUACGCAAGGUUACGAGGAGUACCAGAGCAUGAGAUCACCAUGGUGGCCGAGUGGGGGAUCCAGAAGUUGGGGCUGGUCAAAUAUUCAAACAAAUCUGCAGGAACCUACAGCGGUGGGAACAAACGCAAACUCUCAACUGCUAUAGCCCUGAUUGGUUGUCCUCCAGUGAUCUUUCUGGAUGAGCCAACUACUGGGAUGGACCCCAAGGCCCGGCGCUUCUUGUGGGACUGCAUCCUAAGUGUCAUCAAAGAGGGCCGCUCAGUCAUUCUCACAUCACACAGUAUGGAGGAGUGUGAAGCACUGUGCACACGCAUGGCCAUCAUGGUAAACGGUCGCUUCAAGUGUCUCGGGAGCAUCCAGCAUCUGAAGAGCAGAUUUGGUGACGGCUACACAGUGAUCGUGAGGGUUGGUGACUCUCCUCUUGCCUUGAAGCCAGUCGAGGACUUUGUCCAGCAGACCUUCCCAGGCAGUGUCCUGAAGGAGAAGCAUCACAACACACUGCAGUAUCAGCUGCCAUACACACAGGGGGCUUUGGCCGCCAUCUUCAGCCAGUUCACCAGCCAUCAGCAGUCGCUGGCUCUGGAGGACUACUCUGUGUCACAGACCACUCUGGAUCAGGUCUUUGUGAAUUUUGCGAGGCACCAGCAGGAGGAAGGGGAAUCUCAGGGCUACAACAACCCCGUGGACACUUCAGAUGAGCUGUCGCUGAUGUCGUUGAAGACCUCCCAAGAAGCAGAGAAGGUGUAAUGCCCACAAGAAAAGCAUAACAGUUUACACCUACAGUGGGCCUGCAAUAUACUCUGGUCAGAAUAGAUUUUUUUUGUAAUUGAAUUGAAAAUUGAGGGUUCAUGAGUGAUGCAUUUGGCUCUAAUUAAUAUAUUUAUGGUAGGCAGGCUUUUCGCAAUUAUCUUUAACUUUUAAAUUUUGCACCCAGUGCAAAAUUGCUUCACACUGACCAGCAAUGAUAUGUAACAGUUCUGGGAUGCAACAAAUCAAAAACCUUGGAACUUAAACGUGUGGUGACACUGGAUAUCUACAACUGUAGCACAGAUUAUAUUGUCUCCGCUCAGUGUGGACACCGUUAGAUAAAUAGAGCUGGAUGUGGUUGCAAUAUUGCGUUUGACUUAAUAUACCUCAAGAGAGUACAAAGGCCAAAUGACCAGUUGUUUACAUUCGCCUUGGAUUCUAAUGAUGUUUUCAGACCAAAGGUUGGCAUGAGCCUACACUGUGAUUAUUACUGCCGUGUAACUGAAGCACUGCUACAAAAAAGUUGGAUCACUUACUGUAUGUCCACAAUUUAAUGACAAUCUUUCAAAGAAAAUCAACGGGCAACUAAAGAAUCUUUUGUCAACACAAAUAACAAAAGACUCAGUUUCAACCCUACACUGUGAUUUCCUGACAGACAAUCCAGUCAUUGCUGCUAAGCAGAAAUGAUUAAUAACAACUCUGUCAGAUGUGUUGGCUUUGAGUGACUCAAUGAGCCUCCAAUCAGCUGUAGAUGGUGUUUAAUGAAAGACGUUGAGGUCACAGCAGUGGGGGAAAUGCACAUUCAGUGAGAGUCAACCAGCUUUCAGAUGUGUUACGUUUGCAAGAAAGGCAACUCAUCUCGUGUGUGUGUGUGUACCAACAACAGCUUACAGACAACUUCUAUUGCUGCAGUUAAUGCAGUAAUCAGUGAUAAACUUUACCUCUUAGAAUUUUUUUUGUCAUAAGGCAUUCUGGUAUUGGCUCUGGCAUAUUGAUCUGAGACCACCAGAGACCGAUGCCAGAACUCUGCUGAUGAAGUGAAUAUCUUUUGUCACGGUGUGCCUUCUAAACCCCCAGUGGUAAUACUGGGGGUUGCAUAGCAAUGUGCCUUAUCUGCAAUGUUAAGGUGUGUUAUGCAAGAAUAUAGACCAUUUAUAUUGCAAUUGACCCUUUCAGUUACUACUGCUACUGUUGUCAAACUUCCCUUAUAUAUGCUGUUUAGAAUGAAAUUAGUAGCACAGUUACCUCUCAAAAUCAAUAGGACUAUCUGGAAAAAUGGGUCUGUGUGGUGAACAGAGUUGGUAUCUUACCAACAUCCUAAAUUACAACGAUGGCAUGUUGUUUUAUAAGCCAUAGCUAGCUAUCCAUUUGAGCUAAUGCCAUCUCUCUUUUUGUGCCUCCAGUUGAGUCAACCUAAAAUAAAAACCCUGUAAAAGGGUUUCAAAUAUAUAAACGGCUGACGGCUUCACAUGAUAUUAUGCUAUACUGAAGUCAAAGCUUCAGUGUCCAAGGAAAUAGUUCUACAUCCUCACCAGUUGAUGAUCACUGGGAGCAGGUUAGUCCAAACAUAAGGUUUUUGUUCUUAAUUCUGCUACAGGACAGAGGGUAAAAAAAAAUGAGUUCACAUAGUUGUUGUGAUUGUCACAAAGGGACCUGGAAACACAAACCGUUUUAGAUAAUGAUAUGACCUCUUGGUUUACACUGUACUGUAGGGUUAGGGGGUUAGGGGUUAGGGUUAGGGUUACUCAGACCAGGGGAAUAAUCUGCUUGGUAGCAGGCCUGUUAUAUAUUGUCAUGGUUGCUAAGAUAUGAUUGGACAAUCAAUGCUUGGAGGGGAUUUUAGAGAACGGUCCGUUGUGACAGGGAAACAGCCAUUUAUAACUUUAUAUUUUUAUUUAUAUUUUUUUUCUGUCAUUUAAUUGAUUUUUUUAAAACUAAAUUAUAAUUAGAGUGUUUGUUAUAUGUACAUAUAUUGUUUUCAAAGGUUAGGACCAAAUAAAUCUCAAAUUGUAAGAUAUUUGUUUGUAGCUACAUUGAGACUGUACUGUACAUCAUUGAGAGAUUGUAAUUGUCGUAAUGGUUUGAAACUAGGGGUGCCACGAUAAAAGAAAUUUGGUUAUCGGUUCUAAUCCCACCACAAUUCUCGAUACUAAAUUCAAUAACGCAUCUUUACUACACUUUGCACUUAAUUCAGGAAAUUAAAUAGUUUUCCAGUUUGCCCAUCACAUGUGUUUUUUACUGUCAAGAGUGUGACAUAAUUUGUAUGCUGUGCUAAGACAUUUACUAUCAUGCAAUCCAAAUAAUAAUGCAUCCUCUUUGUACUGAACAUUACUUCAUACAAAGACAAAUAAUUAAACAUUUGCACAAAUUGUAA